UCUACUUCUAGUGAACACCAAAUGGCGGACGACGCCGGUGCUGCAGGAGGUGCGGGAGGCCCCGGGGGCCCCGGAGUCGGAGGUCGGGGUGGCUUCCGCGGUGGCUUCGGCAGUGGGGGCCGAGGUCGAGGCCGGGGCCGUGGCCGAGGCCGAGGCCGGGGCCGCGGAGCCCGGGGAGGAAAGGCCGAAGACAAGGAGUGGGUUCCUGUCACCAAGCUGGGCCGCCUAGUUAAGGACAUGAAGAUCAAGUCUUUGGAAGAGAUCUAUCUUUUCUCGCUCCCGAUCAAGGAGUCUGAGAUCAUAGAUUUCUUCCUGGGAUCUUCAUUGAAGGAUGAGGUUCUGAAGAUCAUGCCUGUCCAGAAACAAACUAGAGCUGGACAGCGUACUAGGUUCAAGGCUUUUGUGGCCAUCGGUGACUACAAUGGCCAUGUUGGUCUGGGUGUCAAGUGCUCCAAGGAAGUGGCCACAGCUAUUCGUGGUGCUAUCAUUCUGGCCAAGCUGUCCAUUGUUCCUGUGAGACGUGGCUACUGGGGGAACAAGAUUGGCAAGCCUCACACAGUGCCCUGCAAGGUCACUGGGCGAUGUGGAUCGGUUCUGGUGCGCCUGAUCCCCGCUCCUAGAGGUACUGGCAUUGUCUCAGCUCCUGUGCCUAAGAAACUCCUGAUGAUGGCUGGAAUUGAUGACUGCUAUACUUCUGCAAGAGGCUGUACUGCCACUCUGGGCAACUUUGCUAAAGCUACCUUUGAUGCCAUCUCCAAAACAUACAGCUAUCUAACCCCAGACCUGUGGAAGGAGACUGUGUUCACUAAGUCUCCCUAUCAGGAAUUCACCGACCAUCUUGUGAAGACUCACACUCGAGUGUCUGUCCAGAGGACCCAGGCAGCUGCUGUGGCAACCACAUAGAUGUUUUUAAUAAACAAACUGAACUAUGCCUGCUA